UUCCUAGAAUCCAGAACAGUGUAAAAAUGACCAAUCAAGAAGUGAAGGUUUUUAGUGCAAUGGAAAGCUCCUUUGGCAAAAGAGUGGAAAUUGCACUGAAAAUGAAGGGAGUGGAAUAUGAACAUGUAGCAGAAGAUCUUUCUAACAAGAGUGCUGAACUUCUCAUGUACAACCCUAUACACAAAAAGGUUCCUGUGUUCUUGCACAAUGGAAGACCAAUUGUAGAGUCAUUAGUCAUUCUCGAAUACAUUGAUGAAACCUGGAAAUCAGGUAAAUCCAUAUUACCAAAAGAUCCUUACGAACGUGCUGCUUCGCGUUUUUGGGCCAAUUUCAUAGAUAGCAAGGUAUUAGAUGCGCUGACAAAAAUUUACAGAAGCAAAGGCGAGGACCAAGAUGCAACUGAAGAAUUAGGUGAACUGCUAAGUAUACUGGAGAAUGAACUCAAAGAUCAGAAGUUCUUUGGAGGUGAGAGUAUCGGGCUAGUCGACAUUGUGGCUGAUCUUAUAGCUCUGUGGUUGGAUGUUAUUCAAGAAGGUUUGGGUAUAGAGAUAUUCACGCAGCAGACACAUCCAAAAUUAUUUAAAUGGAGUGAAGAGUACAUGAAUUGCAGCAUCAUAAAAGAGACAUUGCCUCCCAGAGCUGAUUUACUUGCUCACUAUUUCCGGUCCGCCUAUGCUUCUAAAUGAUUUGGUUUGUAUUUGAUCAUACGUCUUCUCUGCGGCCAAAACAGUCAAGUUCAUAAACAAGCUACCGUUUGUAUCUUUUCUGUGUUUCUUUUAUGUUUUUCGUCGGUAUGUAAAUGUCUUCUGUCAAGAUCCAAGGUCUAAUGUUCAAUAAUGCAAAGUUAUAAUAAGGUGAUCACCUCUCCUGAAACCUUUAAUAAUAUCAGAUGUUUAAACA